AUGUCUACAUUUGAUGAAUUUAUUCUCACAAUCAAUCAAUUCCCCUUUGACAUUAUCACACUUAGCGAAACAUGGUUAAAGGACAAUCCGUAUCUACUGGAUUAUGUUUCUAUCCCAGGUUAUGUAAAUGUCUUCCGAAAUAGAGAUCGUAUACGCGGCGGAGGUGUUGGUAUAUACCUUAGAGACCAUAUUAACUUUAAGCGGCGACAAGACAUUGAGAAACUACAACCUGAAAUGGAACAUAUCUGGCUUGAGAUCCCUGGGCGCAAUAAGAAUAGUAAACUAUUACUAGGAGUGGUGUAUCGUUCGGAAAAAAUCUUAUCUAGGCAAAUUUGGCUGGACGGUUUUAAAAGUAUAUUAUCCUAUCUGGCAGCCCAAUGGGAUGGGUUACUUUUGAUUACGGGAGACACAAAUGUAGAUUUGUUAAACUCUAGUUCACCAUUGACUAAACAAUAUUUAGAAAUCCUCGACAUGCAUAAUCUUCAGCAGAUGGUCACUAAGCCUACACGUAUCACAGUUACAUCGCGAACACUUAUCGAUCACUUUAUCACGAAUGAUGCACAUAAAAUCACACAUACUGAUGUCAUCCACUGUCCACUAGUUAGCGAUCACAGCGCACCGUAUGUAUGUGUAAAUGCACGAGUCACGCGAUUUUUACCGCGAUAUAAAUACCUUAGAGACGAGCGGAAUUACACCGAAGCUGCAUUUGUGGAAGACUUUAAAAAUAUACCCAUGAGUAUCGUGUAUAGUGUUGAUGACCCUGAUGGAAAACUUGAACUUUUUAAUACAAUGUUUUCUAACUGCCUAGAGAGACAUGUUCCAAUGAAACGUGCUAAAAUUACCCGCCCGCCCGCCCCAUGGCUUAAGGACGAAAAUAUAAAGGACCUUCAAGUGCAACGGAAUAAACUCCAACUUGAAACUCGUAAUACCAACGACCCCACACUUAGGGCAACUUACCGUCAGCUGAGGAACAUGGUUAAAUCUAAAAUUAAGAAAGCUAAAAGAAAUUUUAUGCAACGAGCUUUAUCUAAGCGAAACUCAAAGGCAGUAUGGCAAGUCAUCCAUCGCGUCUUGAAGCCAAACCCAAAACCAAUAAGACAAGAUCCAGAUAGUCUCAAUGCAUACUUUAGUAACAUUGCCGAACGUACCGUCAAUACUACUAGCAAAACCAUUGAGGAGCUACAUGCAAUCAUAAACUCGUUUCAAGUGUGUGGGAAUAACUUAUGUACUUUACGUCCAGUUACUUAUCACGAAGUCUUUGUGAAAUUAAAUCUCUUCGAUCUGACUGCUCAACCGGACAUGAUCAAAUCCCUGCAAAAUUUAUCAAUUAGUUGCAGAAGAAAUUACAUCUCCCCUGACCCAUAUUAUUAA